AUGAUGCCGACCCUGGGGAAGCGCGAGUCUCCACCGCCGGCGCAGCGCCUCUCCGUGGGGGCUCCACCGCCCGGGAGGCUAACGGGUUCAGCCCGCUCCUCGCCCCCACCUCCUACUGCGGUCGUCUCGUCGGGAGGGGAGCUCAGGCGCCUUCUUCCUGGUGCCGCGGACCCGGGCUGGAAGCUCCGGGCCUGGGGGGAGGGGGCGAGGGUGCCCGGUGCUGGCCGCUGUUGCCUCUUGGCCCCCUCCCCGGAGUGGCUGGUGCGUGGAAGCUCGAAGGGGGCUGUCUCUUCCUCUCCCCUGGGGGCCCCCUACGAGCUGCGUCCUCUCCCCGACGGGCUCCCUGGGGCGAGGGCUAGAGGAUUCAGUGCCACCCGGUGCCCGGGUCCAAUCUUGCUGAAGCCGCUGCUUCCCAGAAGGGCCGGGGGAGGGGGUGGCAGCCGAGAGAGGACCUUCUCCCCUGCGCAGCGUCGGCCGUUCCGCUGGCGGCGGCUGGGUUUGCACGCCGGAGGGAGCCGCCGCGGCCGCCGCUUCCAGGACGCACUAGAGGAGAGGAGGGCACGCACGCAGGCUCCCGCCGCCCCCAGGCCUGGCCGGCGCCCGGGCCGCCGCGGCUGGAGGCGCUCACGUUGGCUGCAGGGCGCUCGCGCGGCGCCUCGGCCUGGGUCGCAUCCCUUCCCGCUCGUGCUUGCGCUCGCCCGGAAUGUGGGGUUGUGAUUGUUACUCUACGUUCCGGAGGCGCGUCUCGGCGCUCCUGCUCCGGCUGCGGCUCGCGCUGUCCCCGGCUUGGCCGCGCGGGAUGCCGCCCGGGCGGAGCGCUGACGUCACCGCCAUGCUCUGCACCAGUUCACCCCCACCCCCCUUACACUUCCUCUGUCUGUGGAGCCCACUUGUUGCUCGGGAAAGGCGCAUGCGUGGCAGGACGCCCAGAUUCCUCCCAGCCGGCCCCUCCUCCGCGCCUCCGCCCUCCCCUCCCCCCUCGCCGUGUGUGUACAACAGCUGAGGCCGGGCGAGCUAAUGCUGGAAGUCCGGGGCUGGGGAUGGAAAUUAAACAGACGAUGACCUUUCCUUUCCCUGCCCGGCUUUCCCAAGUAAAAACGUAUUUAAGAACCACAAGCGUCGUUUCCGAUCCCCGCUCCCCACCACACCC